UUAAAAUAAUGCCCGCCGCGCCCGCGCGACCAUGCAAUGGCGAGCGCUUGUCCUGGGGCUGGUGCUCCUCCGGCUUGGCCUCCAUGGAGUAUUGUGGCUCGUCUUCGGGCUGGGGCCCAGCAUGGGCUUCUACCAGCGCUUUCCGCUCAGCUUCGGCUUCCAGCGUCUGAGGAGCCCCGACGGCCCCGCGUCGCCCGCCUCGGGGCCCGUGGGCCGGCCUGGGGGGCUAUCCGGACCGUCGUGGCUGCAGCCGCCGGGGACCGCGGCGACGCAGAGCCCGCGCAAGGUUCCGCGGCGUCCUGAGCCGGGGGUGUGCGGCCCAGCCCACUGGGGCUACGUGCUGGGCGGCCGGGACCGCGGCCCGGACGAGUACGAGAAGCGCUACAGCGGCGCCUUCCCUCCGCAGCUGCGUGCCCAGAUGCGCGACCUGGCACGGGGGAUGUUCGUCUUUGGCUACGACAACUACAUGGCGCACGCCUUCCCUCAGGACGAGCUCAACCCCAUCCACUGCCGCGGCCGUGGGCCCGACCGCGGGGACCCUUCAAAUCUGAACAUCAAUGAUGUACUAGGGAACUACUCAUUGACUCUUGUAGAUGCAUUGGAUACACUUGCAGUAAUGGGAAAUUCAUCCGAGUUCCAGAAAGCAGUCAAGUUAGUGAUCAACACAGUUUCAUUUGACAAAGAUUCCACCGUCCAAGUCUUUGAGGCCACAAUAAGGGUCCUGGGAAGCCUCCUUUCUGCUCACAGAAUAAUAACUGACUCCAAGCAGCCCUUUGGUGACAUGACAAUUAAGGACUAUGAUAAUGAGUUGUUAUACAUGGCCCAUGACCUGGCGGUGCGGCUCCUCCCUGCUUUUGAAAACACCAAGACAGGGAUCCCGUAUCCUCGGGUGAAUCUAAAGACAGGAGUUCCUCCUGACACCAAUAAUGAGACAUGCACAGCGGGAGCCGGUUCCCUCCUGGUGGAAUUCGGGAUUCUGAGUCGACUGCUCGGGGACUCCACAUUUGAGUGGGUGGCCAGGCGAGCAGUGAAAGCCCUUUGGAACCUCCGGAGCAAUGAUACGGGAUUACUAGGCAAUGUCGUGAACAUUCAGACUGGCCAUUGGGUUGGAAAGCAGAGUGGCCUGGGUGCCGGGCUGGACUCCUUCUAUGAAUACCUCUUGAAAUCUUACAUUCUCUUUGGUGAAAAAGAAGACCUAGAAAUGUUUAAUGCUGCAUAUCAGAGUAUUCAGAACUACUUAAGAAGAGGGCGGGAAGCCUGCAAUGAAGGAGAAGGAGACCCCCCACUCUAUGUCAACGUGAACAUGUUCAGUGGGCAGCUGAUGAACACCUGGAUUGACUCUCUGCAGGCCUUUUUCCCUGGACUGCAGGUGCUGAUAGGAGAUGUGGAAGAUGCUAUCUGCCUUCAUGCCUUCUACUAUGCCAUAUGGAAACGAUAUGGUGCCCUUCCUGAGAGAUAUAACUGGCAGCUGCAGGCCCCUGAUGUUCUCUUCUACCCACUGAGACCAGAGUUAGUGGAAUCCACAUAUCUCCUCUACCAGGCAACCAAGAAUCCCUUCUACCUCCAUGUAGGAAUGGAUAUUCUGCAGAGUCUGGAAAAGUACACAAAAGUCAAGUGUGGGUACGCCACGCUGCAUCACGUCAUUGACAAGUCCACAGAAGACCGGAUGGAGAGCUUCUUUCUCAGUGAGACCUGUAAAUACUUGUAUCUGCUGUUUGAUGAAGACAAUCCAGUACACAAGUCUGGAACCAGAUACAUGUUCACAACAGAGGGACACAUUGUGUCUGUGGAUGAGCAUCUUCGGGAAUUGCCAUGGAAGGAAUUCUUCUCUGAAGAGGGAGGGCAGGACCAAGGGGGAAAGUCUGUGCACAGGCCGAAACCUCACGAGUUAAAAGUCAUCAACUCCAGCUCCAACUGCAAUCGUGUACCUGAUGAGAGGAGGUACUCCCUGCCCUUAAAGAGCAUCUACAUGCGACAGAUUGACCAGAUGGUUGGCUUGAUUUGAUCUGCUCUCUGUGAGGCCUCAUCUUGAACCAGACCUUAACAACCGAACCCAGACCAUGCCAAAGUCCAGUCUGAAAUGGAAGGGGACAGAAGUCUCGCUGUCCGUGAUAGUGUAGGAAUUUCUGUGCAGCACCUCACCACAUCUGGUUAAUCCUUGCACACUUCAGUGUUUCUCUCUUGUUCAAUAAAAUGCCCUAUUAAGGAUAUAAUUUGAAGUGAGAAGGUACAUGGAAAUUGGCCUCUUAUGACAUGUUGAUGUUAUGAGCACAAAAGAUUGGGCAUUCUUUGGAUUGAUGUUCAUAGCUUUAUACUUUAGAACCUCAGUCUCUUUACUUUGCUGGCAUCUGCUAUACUGGAGUAUUGCUAUGUCUUAAAAAAAUUUUUUUUAUUACUUUUAUUUUUUUGAGACAGGGUCUUGAUAUUUUUUUGAGACAGGGUUACCUGGGCUCAAGUGAUCCUUCUGCCUCAAC